AUCCUGCUAUCAAGGUGUACGCACCUAUCUCCUCGAAUACCGCGUGGGCUUCUGCGAUAAUGAUCUGUUCUGUAUAUCGAAUGCAUAGUGACAGACAGCACUCGCGCCAGGUCUCCGAUCGGUUCUUUAAUCAUAACACAUACGCAUCAGACACAAUGAAGUCGUUCACUAGGGUUUUGCGUCCCGCCGUCCGCAGGGCUCAGGCUGUUUCCGCUCCCAGACUUUCCAGAACUCCUGUCGUCCAAUGCGCUCGCCCUCUUUCCACCACCUCCCCUCGCCGGGACAUAACCGAUCUGCCGCCAACCCCCAUCACGCACUUCUCUGAGGUUGAGACCGCCAUGGCCGAGACUGUCCAGAAGUUCGCCAACGAUGUCAUUCUCCCCAAGGUCCGCGAUAUGGAUGAGGCCGAGGCUAUGGACCCCGCCAUUGUCGAGCAGCUUUUCGAGCAGGGUAUUAUGGGUGUCGAGAUUCCCGAGGAGUACGGCGGUGCCGGCAUGAACUUCACCGCCGCCAUUGUUUGUAUUGAGGAGCUCGCCCGCAUCGACCCCUCGGUAUCCGUCAUGGUUGACGUCCACAACACCCUUGUCAAUACCGCCGUCAUUCGCUGGGGUAGCGAGGCGCUCAAGAAGAAGUACCUCCCCAAGCUGGCCACCAACACCGUCGGUUCCUUCUGUUUGUCCGAGCCAGUCUCUGGCUCUGAUGCCUUUGCCCUAGCCACCCGCGCCGUCGAGACAGAGAACGGCUACAAGAUCAAUGGCAGCAAGAUGUGGAUCACCAACAGUAUGGAGGCCGACUUCUUCAUUGUUUUCGCCAAUGUCGACCCCAGCAAGGGCUACCGCGGUAUUACCGCCUUCAUCGUCGAGAAGGGCAUGAAGGGCUUCAGCAUCGCCAAGAAGGAGAAGAAGCUCGGCAUCAAGGCCUCCAGCACGUGCGUGCUCAACUUUGACGACGUCGAGGUCCCCAAGGAGAACAUUCUCGGCAAGGUCGGCGAGGGCUACAAGUACGCCAUUGGCAUCCUCAACGAGGGCCGCAUCGGCAUCGGCGCCCAGAUGACCGGUCUCGCGCUCGGUGCGUGGGAGAACGCGGUCAAGUACGUGUGGAACGACCGCAAGCAGUUUGGCCAGCUCGUCGGUGAGUUCCAGGGCAUGCAGCACCAGAUCGCCCAGUCCUACACCGAGAUCGCCGCCGCGCGCGCGCUCGUCUACAACGCCGCCCGCAAGAAGGAAGCCGGCGAGGAUUUCGUCAUGGACGCCGCCAUGGCCAAGCUUUACGCUUCCCAGGUCGCCGGCCGCGUCUCCGGUCUCGCUGUCGAGUGGAUGGGCGGCAUGGGCUUCGUCCGUGAGGGCCUUGCUGAGAAGUUCUUCCGUGACAGCAAGAUCGGUGCCAUUUACGAGGGUACCAGCAACAUCCAGCUUAACACUAUUGCCAAGACCCUCCAGAAGCAGUACACUGCUUAAGAUGGCGGGUUGACUGUCGAUGUGUGUUUUGAUGGUAGUGUUAUAUAAGGGUGUGCAUGUGCAUAUUGGUUAGGAUAUCAUGGAGUUAAGGGGAUGCCGAAUUUCAAAAGGGGCAGGAAGCACCUUGUCAUGAUCUAGAAUAUUCAGCAAGCCAUUUUUUCGAUUACUC